UGGAAUUGUAUAUAUGGCGCAACCGCAACCGCAACCACAACAUGUUAUAAAUAUGGUACCCGCCGUACCAGCAGCUGCGCCAAUUGGUUAUUCUCAUUACCCCGUUGUAGUUAUUUGUCCUUAUUGUCGUAAUAACGUUACUACUAUUGUAAAUGAAACUCCUGGAAAUACCGCUUACCUUUGGUCUUUUAUUUUAUUUUUGAUUUGUUGUCCUCUUAUGUGGGUACCUUGCGUUAUGUCUAGUUGUUUGGAUAAAAUUCACACUUGUCCUAGUUGUAGAAAUGUUUUGGCGCAAGUUAAAGCUUGAAUAACUUAAGAUCUUUUAAAAUUCUGAUUAAUGAGAUUAAUGAAAAAAAUAUAUUAUUUUUUAUAUGAUGAAAUCUUUAGACGUAUUUUAACGAGUACAAAAUUAGUAUCUCAGUUUUUUUUAGGACGUCACACAGUAUGUAGGGUAUUUGUCCAUACAUGCAUAUAACCUAAAAACAAUACAUAUAAUGUAUACUUGGUUUUUGACCAAAAAUCCAUUGUAUAUAAAUACUUAAUAUACGGUUAAUUAAUAAAAAAUUUACAUAAUCAUUUACAUAAAAGAAAUUUAUAACAUU